UGUAAACCCACUUGUUCGGAUGUACCUUGGCUAGAGCGGGCGCAGCCCGCGUUACGCAAACUACCUAUAGACUAGUCUAAGCUCGCCGAGAUACCCCGUGAACCCGGGUAAAAAAUGGAUAAGCCGACGGCUGUGGAACAUCAACGAUCAAGUCCACAAAGCCCGGUCCCCACAGAGUCAACGUCGGAUACGGCCACCAUCUGCCAGCAAUGCCGGACCACCAACUUCGAACACGCGCUGAACCACAUCGAGGCGAACCGCGAAGAGCCACUCGACCCGUGUCCCGUGACCAUCGCCGAGAGAACCGGCCUGGACGCGGCGUGUCCGCUGUGCGGCCUAUUCGCGCGCCUGCUCCUGCCAAACACGUACGCCUCGUCGCUACCGCCGGGCAGCCAGGAGCGGUGGCGUCUCCGCGCCUUCAACCUGCGCAACUGGCUCCUCGAGUCCAAGACCCGGAUGCUGUACAGCCCGGCCACGGCCGCCGUCCUGUACGCCGGCGAGCGCGAGCGCGAUUGGCUGCCGUAUGUGAAUUCCGAGGAGGUCGAGCGCACGGGGUUUCUGGUCUGCGCGAGGACGCGCGAUUUGGAGGCAGCGGUUGGGAGUGGGGCCGGGGAGGAGGAGGGGGGAUACCCGCUGUCGCGGUUCGUUGGGGCUGAGUAUGAGCCUGAGAUGGUUCGCUCGUGGCUUAAUUUGACGGAGGCGAAGGGUGAUAGCGCGGAGCAAAGUGAGAGUGAGAGUGAGAGCGAAGACGAGGACGAAAUUGAGGGCGAGGAGGAAGAUGAGGAUGAUAUCCUUGAGGCUGCGCAUAAAUGUGGCGAUGAGAUAGAGAACUAUGAGCGGGUCCAACGUCCAUUCCACGGGGUGCAAGUUGUGACCGGCAUGAAAGUAAUUGACUGCGAAACGCAUAUGAUUGUCAGUAAGUCACCAGAUAUGCAAUAUGUGGCAUUGAGUUACGUCUGGGCGCUAGCAUUACAGGAUACCGUGGAGUUAGGAAGGGAAGGCGAGCCAGAGUAUAAGACUCGACUUCCCCGAUCCAUACCUCGCGUAGUGCGCGACGCCAUGACAGUCGUCACACAAUCGGGAUAUCGAUACCUCUGGGUCGACGCCUACUGCAUCGAUCAGUCGAACCCAACCGAGGUAGCGGACCAGGUGUCCAAGAUGGACCUCAUCUACGGGUCGGCAGCCUUCACCAUCGUCGCGGCCAGCUCCAGGGGGAACCUGCCCGGGGUCGGCGGCUCGCCGAGGACGCCGCAGACGAUCCUUAAACUGGGGCCCCUGACAAUAUUCACGACGCCCCCGCCGGUCGACCGCAAGAUCACGGCGUCGACCUGGUUCACCCGCGGGUGGUGCUUCCAGGAAUCCCUGCUCUCGCCGCGGCGCCUGUACUUCGCCGACCACGAGGCGCUGUUCGCGGCCGACGGGCUGCACGCGUGCGACUCGUUCCCCGUACACCACCCCGAAGUCGCCGUGCAGCUCGACGACAGCUUCCCCGAGAACCCGUCGCUGACCCCGGCGUCCUGGGACCGGCGACUGCGGCGGGCGCGCACGAAACGACAGCAUAGCCUCGCUGACCCGCGCGGCCGCUUCUGGGUCGAGCUCGGCCUGUUCCUCGGCCUCGUCGAGGUGUACACCGGCAAGCAGUUCACCAUGUCCUCGGACUCGAUCAACGGGUUCCGCGGCGCCAUGCGCAUCCUCGUCGAGGCCGACGCUAAUUUCGCUACGCUGCAGGGCGUGCCCGUAUUUGUACCACGUGUCCGUAGCUUGAUCGGAACGGACUACGGCUCGGAACCCCUGCGGCGCUUCCAAAAGAAGGCUUUUGUGGUGUCUCUCGGUUGGUGUCAUAAGAAGGACGACACGGUGUCCAGACGCGAGGAAUUCCCCUCGUGGACGUGGGCAGGGUGGCGGGGCAGCGCGAGGUGGGACGGCAAGCCCGGGCCUGCCGUGAGCGGCGCUCGGUUGCAGCCGCUCGGAUUCGAUGUCAUUGCCGUCCAGGGGACGCGGGGAACACUGCUCCCCUGGGCAAAGGCGCUUUCGUUUUUUACCGAUUGCCUCGACGAGGAUGCUCGGCUCCUUUUGGGGGAAGCCGUUGGCAUACCCGUUGGGAACGUUCUCUUUCGACGCCAAGGGAAACCGACAGAUGCGCUUCGCCAAGAUGACAAAUGGGCCGUGAGAUGGGACAUGGAUUUUACCACAGACGGACCGCUGGAUCCCGCUUCCCAGAACCUGGAGUUGGAGAUCGAGAGAUUUCUUGCUUCCGGCCAAUGGGGGCUUAUUCUCUUAAGCUACGAGUAUACGGUUCGCAUGGGGAGAAAGGAGGAUCGUGGAAGUGCCCUCGUGGUGUGCUGGGAUAGAGAUGAGAGAGAGCAGAUUGUGGUUGAGGAACGUGAAUUCCGGAAGUGUUAUAGGAUCGGGUCGGCGACUAUCUGGAGGGGCAAUGAUUUAGGGUCUGCUGCUAAAGACAUCUUAGACACCUACCCAAGGAUUUCCUUUGGGUUAGGAUAGUACCUAUGUAACAUCAGGUGUUAAUUUGGCGAGGUCAAUGUUUUAGUCAGACUCUAUCGCUAUCUAUGGAGCAGUUCUCUGGGGUAGGUAGUCGUCGUUUAGUAAACUACGUUUUAGACGAUAUGGUUGAUA